AUGGCUUUGAAUAAUACAACACUGCAUUCCGAUAUUAACUCUUCUAUGAAAAAAAGUGAGAGAAUAUUAAUAGUGCAAGUGUUAGUGAUGGUCUUCCUCUAUAUCAACUCUCUCCUCAUUUUCACCUUCUUCAAAGAGGCAACCUUCUACACCAACACACGUUACAUUUUCUUUGCUCACACCCUGAUUUGUGACUGUGUUUUCCUUUUCAUAUCUGACCUUCCGCUUGUACUGGUCUACUUCCAAAUCCCAAUGCCUGCUGGACUGUGCGUCAUUAUCUGCGUGGUAAUGAUCAUUCUGACUUUCGCUACACCGCUCACCCUGACGGCCAUGAGUGUGGAGCGCUACGUGGCCAUCUGUAUGCCUCUGAGACAUGCUGAGAUCUCUACUCCUCACCGAGCUCUGUACGGCAUCCUGGUCAUCCACGCUUUCAGUGUCCUCCAGUCAUUUGUUGUUCUUCCAAUCUUUGUAGCUUCAGUCCCACUCAGGUUCUACAUCACAUACAGGAUUUGCAGCGUGGAAAUGCUCAUAGUGAACAGCUGGCAAAGUCACCUCAAGUCUGCAGCCUCGCAGUUCUACUUUCUCAUCAUGAGCAGCACCAUCAUCUUCACCUACAUCAAAAUCUUGAAUGCUGCAAAAAUGGCCUCAACGGAUAGAAAGAAGAAAUCCACCUCCAAAUGCCUCAAAACUGUUAUUCUUCAUGGUUUUCAGCUUGUGCUCAGCUUGUUCCUGCUGUGGUGCCCUUUCAUAGAAAUAGCUGUGCUUGAAAUUAAUCUGGAGCUGUUUGUAAACCUCAGGUAUUUUGAUUAUAUUGCUUUCAUUCUUGCACCUAAAUGUCUUAACCCCCUGAUAUAUGGUUUGCGGGAUGAUCACUUUUACAUUGUUUUGAAACAUUAUGCUUUUUGUGGGUUAAAUAAGAAAAUACAUCCCAAGUUUAUUGAUCAAUAG